AUGCACGCAGCCGGGACCUGCGGGAUCGCCUCGCCCCAGACAGCCAGCUCCACCAGCUUUCGGUCAAUACCUCCGCUGCAGCCCCGGCUGCUGCUGCUGCCACCGCUUCUCCUGUCACUGGUAAGCUGCGACCCGGCACAGCCCGCUGCCCCUGGUCGGGCGUUGCUGUCUCCGGGUCUCGUGGGGGCUGCAGGGGUCCUUGCCGAGGAGGCCAUAGUGUUGGCGAACCGCGGACUCAGGGUGCCCUUCGGCCGUGAAGUCUGGCUGGAUCCGCUGCACGACCUGGUGUUGCAGGUGCAGCCGGGAGACCGCUGUGCGGUGUCCGUGCUAGAUAACGACGCGCUGGCCCAGCGACCAGGCUACCUGAGUCCCAAGCGCUUCCCGUGCGACUUCGGCCCUGGCGAGGUGCGCUACUCGCACCUGGGUGCGCGCAGCCCGUCGCGGGACCGCGUCCGGCUGCAGCUGCGCUACGACGCGCCCGGAGGGGCGGUAGUGCUACCCUUGGUGCUGGAGGUGGAGGUGGUCUUCACCCAGCUAGAGGUUGUGACUCGUAACUUGCCCCUGGUUGUGGAAGAACUGUUGGGUACUAGCAAUGCCUUGGACGCGCGGAGCCUGGAGUUCGCCUACCUGCCCGAGACAGAGGAGUGCCGCGUGGGCAUCCUGUCCGGUUUGGGCGCGCUGCCUCGCUAUGGAGAGCUCCUCCACUACCCGCAGGUCCCAGGAGGAGCCAGAGAGAGAGGUGCCCCGGAACCUCUCCUGAUGGACUGCAAAGCUUUCCAGGAGUUGGGCGUGCGCUACCGCCACACAGCCCCCAGUCGCUCACCAAACAGGGACUGGGUGCCCAUGGUGGUGGAGCUGCGUUCACGAGGUGCUCCCGUGGGCAGCCCUGCUUUGAAACGCGAGCACUUCCAGGUGCUGGUGAGGAUCCGUGGAGGGGCCGAGAACACGGCACCCAAGCCCAGUUUCGUGGCCAUGAUGAUGAUGGAGGUGGACCAGUUUGUACUGACCGCCCUGACCCCAGACAUGCUGGCAGCCGAGGAUGCUGAGUCUGCCCCCGACCUGUUGAUCUUUAACCUCACCUCUCCGUUCCAGCCUGGCCAGGGCUACUUGGUGAGCACUGAUGAUCGCAGCCUGCCCCUUUCUUCCUUCACUCAGAGGGAUCUGCACCUCCUGAAGAUCGCCUACCAGCCGCCCUCUGAAGACUCUGACCAGGAGCGGCUCUUCGAACUGGAGCUGGAGGUAGUGGACCCGGAAGGAGCAGCUUCAGACCCUUUUGCCUUCAUGGUAGUGGUAAAGCCCAUGAACACACUGGCUCCCGUGGUCACCCGGAAUACUGGUCUUAUUCUCUAUGAGGGGCAGUCUCGACCCCUCACGGGCCCUGCGGGCAGUGGCCCGCAAAACUUGGUCAUCAGUGAUGAGGAUGACCUAGAAGCAGUGCGGCUGGAGGUGGUUGCUGGGCUCCGGCAUGGUCGCCUUCUCAUUCUAGGUGAUUCCAGUGGCAACUCUGCUCCCAAAAGCUUUACAGUGGCUGAGCUGGCAGCUGGCCAGGUGGUCUACCAGCAUGAUGACAACGAUGGCUCACUGAGUGACAACCUGGUGUUUCGCAUGGUGGAUGGGGGAGGCAGGCACCAGGUACAGUUUCUGUUUCCCAUCACCUUAGUGCCUGUGGAUGACCAGCCACCUGUCCUCAAUGCCAACACAGGGCUGACACUGGCAGAGGGUGAAACAGUACCCAUCCUGCCCCUUACUUUGAGUGCCACUGACAUGGAUUCAGAUGACUCUCUGCUGCUGUUUGUGCUGGAGUCACCCUUCUCAACUACAGGGCAUCUGCUUUUCCGUCAAACCCACCCUCCCCGUGAGGAGCAGGAGCUUCUUGAGGGCCUUUGGAGGAAGCAGGGCACAUUCUAUGAGCGAACAGUGACAGAGUGGCAGCAGCGGGACAUAACGGAGGGGAGGCUGUUCUACAGGCACUCCGGGCCUCAUAGUCCUGGGCCAGUCAUGGACCAGUUCACGUUUAGAGUCCAGGAUAACCAUGACCCCCCUAAUCAGUCUGGGCUACAGAAGUUUGUGAUACGCAUCCAUCCCGUGGAUCGCCUCCCUCCGGAGCUGAGCAGUGGCUGUCCCCUUCGGAUGGUGGUGCAGGAAUCCCAGCUCACACCCCUGAGGAAGAAGUGGCUGCGUUACACUGACCUGGACACAGAUGACCGAGAGCUACGUUACACAGUGACUCAGCCCCCCAUGGACACAGAUGAAAAUCACUCACCAGCGCCUCUGGGCACCUUAGUCCUGACUGAGAGCCCCUCAGUCGUGGUGACCCAUUUUACCCAAGCCCAGAUCAACCACCACAAAAUUGCUUACAGACCCCCAGGUCGAGAACUGGGAGUGGCUACUCGAGUGGCCCAGUUCCAGUUCCAGGUGGAGGACCGAGCUGGGAAUGUGGCUCCAGGCACCUUCACCCUUUACUUGCAGCCCGUGGACAACCAGCCCCCUGAGAUCCUCAACACCGGCUUCACUAUUCAGCAGAAGGGCCACCACAUCCUGAGUGAGACUGAGCUGCACGUGAGUGAUGUGGACACUGACGUGGCCCACAUCUCUUUCACUCUCACACAGGCACCCAAACAUGGCCACAUGCGAGUGUCUGGACAGAUACUAAGUGUAGGGGGGCUCUUCCACUUGGAGGACAUAAAAGAGGGCAGAAUUUCCUACUCCCACAAUGGGGAUGAGUCCCUGACUGACAGCUGCUCUUUGGAAGUCAGUGACAGACACCACGUGGUGCCCAUCACUCUCAGAGUGAAUGUCCGGCCAGUGGAUGAAGAGGUGUCCAUGCUGAGCCGCCCUUCUGGCACUCUGGAGUCCUAUCUCGAUGUCUUAGAAAACAGGGCUACUGAAAUCACUGCCAAUAUUAUUAAGGGGACUGAUGAGGACACUGAUGAUUUGAUGUUGACUUUCCUCUUAGAAGAUCCGCCCUUGUAUGGGGAAAUCUUAGUCAAUGGAGUUCCAGCAGAGCAGUUUACCCAAAGGGACAUCUUGGAGGGCUCUGUUGUCUAUGCCCAUACCAGUGGUGAGAUAGGCCUGUUGCCCAAAGCGGAUUCUUUUAACCUGAGUCUGUCAGAUAUGUCUCAAGAAUGGAGAAUCAGAGGCAGUACUAUCCAUGGAGUUACUGUGUGGGUGACUAUCCUCCCUGUUGACAGCCAGGCCCCAGAAAUUUCUGUGGGAGAACAGUUUAUAGUAAUGGAAGGUGAUAAAAGUGUUAUGACUUCAAUGCAUAUAAGUGCUGAAGAUGUCGAUUCCCUGAACGAUGACAUCUUGUGCACUAUAGUUAUUCAACCUACCUCUGGUUAUGUUGAAAACAUUUCUCCAGCUCCAGGCUCUGAGAAAUCAAGAGCAGGGAUUGCCAUAAGUGCCUUCACUCUGAAGGAUCUCAGGCAGGGUCACAUUAAUUAUGUCCAGAGUGUCCACAAAGGGGUGGAGCCUGUGGAAGAUCGAUUUCUAUUUCGUUGUUCUGAUGGCAUUAACUUUUCAGAGAGACAUUUUUUCCCCAUUGUAAUCAUUCCCACCAAUGAUGAACAGCCGGAGAUGUUCAUGAGAGAAUUUAUGGUGAUGGAAGGCAUGAGUCUGGUAAUUGAUACACCCAUUCUCAACGCUGCUGACGCUGACAUUCCCCCAGAUGAUUUAACUUUCACUAUUACCCAAUUCCCUACUCAUGGUCACAUCAUGAACCAGCUGAUAAAUGGCACGGUUUUGGUUGAAAGCUUCACCUUGGACCAGAUCAUAGAGAGUUCCAGCAUUAUCUAUGAGCACGAUGACUCUGAGACCCAGGAAGACAGUCUCGUGAUUAAACUAACAGAUGGCAAGCACUCUGUGGAAAAGACGGUCCUCGUCAUGGUCAUCCCUGUUGAUGAUGAGACCCCCAGAAUGGCCAUCAAUAAUGGACUAGAAAUAGAAAUUGGGGAAACCAAAACUAUCAACAACAAACUAUUAAUGGCAACCGACUUAGACUCAGAAGACAAAUCUUUGGUUUAUAUUAUUCGUUAUGGGCCAGGACAUGGCUUAUUACAGAGACAAAAACCUACAGGUGCCUUUGAAAAUAUCACAGUGGGCAUGAAUUUUACACAGGAUGAAGUGGACAGAAAUGUAAUUCAGUAUGUCCACGUUGGGCAAGAAGGCAUUCGCGACCUGAUUAAAUUUGAUGUGACUGAUGGAAUAAAUGCCCUCAUAGAUCGCUACUUCUAUGUGUCCAUUGGGAGCAUUGACAUUGUCUUCCCUAAUGUGAUAAGUAAGGGAGUGUCCUUGAAAGAAGGUGGCAAGGUCACUCUCACAACAGACCUACUGAGCACUAGUGACUUGAAUAGUCCUGAUGAAAACUUAGUUUUUACCAUAACCAGGGCUCCCAUACGAGGUCACUUAGAGUGCACAGAUCAACCUGGAGUGUCCAUCGCAUCUUUCACUCAGCUCCAACUGGCUGGCAACAAAAUCUAUUACAUCCACACAGCCGAUGAUGAGGUGAAGAUGGACAGUUUUGAGUUUCAAGUCACCGACGGACGUAACCCUGUCUUUCGGACAUUCCGCAUCUCCAUUAGCGAUGUGGACAACAAAAAGCCGGUGGUCACGAUCCACAGCCUGGUUGUCAGUGAAAAUGAAAAUAAGCUGAUCACUCCCUUUGAACUCACUGUCGAAGACAGAGAUACUCCUGACAAACUCCUGAAAUUCACCAUCACCCAGGUGCCUGUUCAUGGCCGUCUCCUGUUCAACAAUACCAGACCUGUCACGGUUUUUACCAAGCAAGACUUGAAUGAAAACUUAAUCAGCUACAAACAUGAUGGCACCGAGUCAAGUGAAGACAGCUUCUCCUUCAUAGUGACUGAUGGCACCCAUACAGACUUCUAUGUUUUCCCUGAUACAGUAUUUGAAACAAGGAGACCUCAAGUGAUGAAGAUUCAGGUCUUAGCUAUUGACAAUAGUGCUCCCCAAAUUGCAGUGAAUAAAGGGGCCUCUACACUUCGCACUCUGGUCACUGGCCACUUGGGGUUUAUGAUCACAAGCAAGAUACUAAAAGUGGAGGACAGAGACAGCCUACACUUUUCUCUUAGGUUUAUUGUGACAGAAGCCCCUCGACAUGGGUAUCUUCUCAACCUGGGCAGAGGCAACCACAGCAUCACCCAGUUUACCCAAGCUGACAUCGAUGACAUGAAAAUAUGCUAUGUGUUAAGAGAAGGGGCCAAUGCCACAAGUGAUAUGUUCCAUUUUGCAGUUGAAGAUGGUGGUGGAAACAAGUUAACCAACCAGCAUUUUCGUCUGAACUGGGCAUGGAUCUCCUUUGAAAAGGAAUAUUACCUGAUCAAUGAGGACUCCAAAUUUCUAGAUGUCGUUCUUAAACGUAGAGGUUACUUGGGAGAAACUUCUUUUAUAAGUAUUGGCACAAGAGACGGGACUGCAAAAAAAGACAAAGACUUCAAGGGCAAAGCACAGAAACAAGUGCAGUUCAACCCGGGCCAGACCAAAGCCACGUGGAGAGUGCGGAUCCUGAGUGACGGGGAGCACGAGCAGUCUGAGACCUUCCAGGUGGUUCUCUCGGAGCCGGUGCUGGCGGCUCUAGAAUUCCCCACUGUGGCCACGGUGGAGAUCAUUGACCCAGGAGAUGAAUCUACUGUAUUUAUUCCCCAGUCCGAAUACUCCAUUGAAGAAGAUGUUGGUGAACUCUACAUUCCUAUCAGGAGAAGUGGAGAUAUCAGCCAGGAGUUAAUGGUGAUCUGUUACACCCAACAAGGAACGGCAACCGGAACUGUGCCCACUUCAGUGUUGUCUUAUUCUGAUUACAUAUCCAGGCCUGAGGAUCACACCAGUGUUGUCCGCUUUGACAGAGGUGAACGCGAGAAAAUGUGCCGCAUAAUUGUCAUUGACGACUCCCUGUACGAAGAGGAGGAGACUUUCCAGGUCCUUCUGAGCAUGCCCACGGGCGGGAGGAUCGGAGCAGAGUUCCCAGGGGCUCAGGUUACGAUCGUCCCUGACAAAGAUGAUGAACCCAUCUUCUACUUUGGCGACGUGGUGUACUCCGUGGAUGAGAGCGCCGGCCACGUGGAAGUGCGGGUGUGGAGAAGUGGCACUGACCUGUCCAGGUCUUCCAGUGUCACAGUGAGAUCUCGGAAAACAGAUCCUCCCUCUGCAGAUGUGCCCAAGAUGCAAUUCAAAGAACGAGUAUAUACUGGUAGUGAGAAUGAUGGGCAGGUAGUGGCAAUGAUCCACCGGAGUGGAGACAGCCAGUACAGGUCUUCAGUGAGAUGUUACACCCGGCAGGGGUCCGCACAGGUGAUGAUGGAUUUCGAAGAACGCCCAAACACUGAUGUCUCCAUCAUCACAUUCCUCCCUGGUGAGACUGAAAAGCCUUGUGUCCUCGAGCUGAUGGACGACGUCCUAUACGAGGAGGAGGAGGAGCUCCGCCUGGUACUGGGCAGUCCACAAAGCAACUCCCCCUUUGGGGCUGCAGUUGGUGAACAAAAUGAAACUCUGAUAAGGAUCCGAGAUGAUGCUGAUAAGACCGUUAUUAAAUUUGGAGAAACCAAAUUUAGUGUCACUGAACCCAAAGAACCAGGAGAGUCAGCUGUCAUCAGAAUUCCAGUGAUCCGCCAAGGAGACACUUCGAAGGUCUCCAUUGUGAGAGUCCACACCAAGGACGGCUCGGCCACCUCUGGAGAAGACUAUCACCCUGUGUCGGAAGCGUCCAGCGCUAAGGAGAGCGCUGGACCCAUGUCUGGCUAUCCUGUCAUCUGCAUUACAGCUUGCAACCCCAAAUAUUCAGACUAUGACAAAACAGGCUCUAUUUGUGCAAGUGAGAAUAUUAAUGACACUUUGACACGGUACCGAUGGCUGAUCAGUGCACCUGCUGGCCCUGAUGGUGUAACCAGCCCCAUGAGAGAACUGGACUUCGACACCUUUUUUACAUCGUCCAAGAUCAUCGCACUGGACUCCAUCUACUUCCAGCCUGGCUCGCGGGUGCAGUGCGCGGCUCGUGCUGUGAACUCCGAUGGGGAUGAAGGCCUGGAGCUGAUGAGUCCCAUUGUAACCAUUGGCAGAGAGGAAGGUCUUUGUCAGCCCCGCAUGCCUGGGGUCGUGGGAGCAGAGCCGUUCUCAGCUAAACUACGCUACACGGGCCCUGAGGACCCGGACCACACAAACCUUAUCAAGCUCACUGUCACGAUGCCACACAUAGAUGGCAUGCUCCCUGUGAUCUCCACUAGAGAGCUUUCCAACUUUGAGCUCACCCUGAGCCCCGAUGGCACAAGAGUUGGAAACCACAAGUGCUCCAACCUCCUGGAUUAUACGGAAGUAAAGACCCACCAUGGUUUCUUGACUGAUGCUACAAAAAAUCCAGAAAUCAUUGGAGAGACAUAUCCUUAUCAGUACAGCUCAUCUAUCAGAGGUUCUAAUACCUUACGCUUCUACCGAAACCUGAACCUGGAGGCCUGUUUAUGGGAGUUUGUCAGCUACUAUGACAUGUCAGAACUUCUCACUGACUGUGGAGGCACCAUUGGAACAGAUGGACAGGUCCUAAACCUAGUGCAGUCCUAUGUGACCCUUCGCGUCCCUCUGUAUGUCUCCUACGUGUUCCACUCCCCCGUGGGGGUAGGAGGCUGGCAGCAUUUUGACUUGAAAUCAGAGCUUCGUCUAACUUUUGUGUAUGACACUGCCAUCUUGUGGAACGAGGGGAUUGGCAGCCCCCCGGAAGCAGAACUCCAAGGUUCCCUCUAUCCAACCAGCAUGCGGAUCGGAGAGGAGGGGCGCCUGGCUGUGCACUUCAAGACCAAGGCUCACUUCCACGGCUUGUUUGUGCUGUCACAUGCGGCAUCCUUUACAAGCUCAGUGAUCAUGUCAACUAAUCAUCCGGGCCUGACAUUCUCCCUCCGCCUCCUAAGGAGUGAGCCGACCUACAACCAGCCGGUACAGCAAUGGAGCUUCGUCUCUGACUUUGCAGUACGUGACUAUUCGGGGACCUAUACAGUAAAACUGUUGCCAUGCACCACCCCACCCCAUCAGGAGUACCGCCUGCCCGUCACCUGCAACCCCAGAGAGCCUGUCACUUUUGACCUGGACAUCCGAUUCCAACAGGUCAGUGAUCCGGUGGCGGCUGAGUUUAGCUUGAACACCCAAAUGUACCUACUCUCCAAGAAGAGUCUCUGGUUGUCUGAUGGAUCCAUGGGAUUUGGGCAAGAGAGCGAUGUUGCUUUUGCAGAAGGUGAUAUAAUUUAUGGUCGUGUUAUGGUGGAUCCUGUCCAGAAUCUGGGGGACUCCUUCCACUGCAACAUUGAGAAGGUGUUCGUGUGCACCGGUGCUGACGGCUAUGUCCCCAAGUACAGUCCAGCGAACGCAGAGUACGGCUGCCUGGCGGACUCUCCUUCACUCUUGUAUCGAUUUAAAAUUGUGGACAAAGCCCAGCCAGAGACACAAGCCACCAGCUUUGGGAAUGUCCUGUUUAAUGCCAAACUGGCCGCGGAUGACCCGGAGGCCAUUCUCUUAGUGAAUCAGCCUGGAUCUGAUGGAUUUAAAGUCGACUCAACACCACUCUUUCAGGUCGCUCUGGGCCGAGAAUGGUACAUACACACGAUCUACACAGUAAAGUCAAAAGACAACGCCAAUCGAGGUAUCGGCAAAAGAAGUGUGGAGUACCACUCUCUGGUGAGCCAAGGCAAGCCCCAAGCCACCACCAAGAGCCGGAAGAGGAGGGAGAUCAGGAGCACGCCCCCGUUGGCCUGGGAGAUCGGCGCUGAAAACAACCGAGGAACCAACAUCCAGCACGUUGCCCUGGACUGUACCAGCAAGAGGCAGAUCCCCCAGGGGAGAGUCCCUCCUGAUGGCGUCCUCCCCCGGGAGCUCGACAGUCCCGGCUCUGAGGUCAGCCUGGUCACCGCCGUGGGGGGCAUCGCGGUGGGAUUACUCAGCAUCUGCCUCACGGUCACUGCAGUGAUGAUGUGCAAGAAGAAGGAGAGUUUCAGGAGGAAGGACGCCCCGAAGGGCUCUGGCAGCAGCCAGCCCAUGAUGCCCCCGCAGAGCCACCACCACGACAGCUCAGAGGUUUGA